UUUGUUGAUACGUUUUUUUCUUCGUAAGAGAGUGAGAUAAAAACAACAUAAUAUUAUAAUUUAAUGAAAGAACAGACUGCCCAUGUCGGAGAAUCAAAACCGCAGACGCUACCGCAAUAACAACAACAAGAAACGCGAUGAAGCACGACGCGUGGCUUCGCCGUCUGCGCCAGUGACGAUAGCAAAGCGCGAAGACACGCCACGUGCAGUGAGCAGUGCCACAGUGCAGCCAAAGAUCCUUUUAAAAAAAGAGCAGGAAAGCACUGAGCCGCCCACAGCCAUUAAAACUAUAAUUAUAAAUCGCAGUGAUGCCACAACAUUGCCCAAAGAGAAGGAUAAAGAGAAGGACAAGGAGCAGGAUAAGGAUAAGGAUGUGCCGCUGCACAUGACACGUGCCACAUCGCUGCUGCUGUCCAAUGGUGUCUUCAAUGCGAAUGCAAAGAAAAUGUUCCAUAAAUCAAAUACGGAUUUUAGAGUUAUAGGCGUGCUUGGAGCACAAAGUGUGGGCAAGUCUACGUUAUUAAAUCUCUUGGCAGCAGCGGAGCAAGGCGAAGACUAUGACUACUAUGAGCAUCUCAUCAGCGAGGCGGACGCAUGCAUAUUCCGUACGCGACAAAGGACAAAGGAUAAGGGCAAAAGCGUGCUACGUCCACGCACGGAUACGCUGCAGUUCUUCAUCACACGUGAACGUUAUGUGCUCCUCGACACGCCACCGUUGGAGCAGCUGAAUCAGCAUAGUCUAAACACCAUUUUUCAGCUGUUAAGCGUUUGUCAUGUGGUGAUCAUAGCUUUGGAUGGUCUAAAUAUGGAGCAACUGCGUUUAUUGCACGCCGCACUUCGGCUGCGACCAAGCCAAGGCCUUGCGGGCAAGAAUUUACCCCAGCUAUUGUUUGUGCGCACGCGAGCACUGAGUGAGCACUAUCAACCCGCCUGGCGUGAACGUCUGGAGCAGCAGCUCUCCUUGCUCUUCGGAGAAUUUGUGACAGGCGAGAUUAAUUGCUUGUUGCUGCCGCAACUGCGCAGCAAUGCGGAGUGCGUACAUCACUGCGGCUUGCCACAGCUCGUACGUGAGCUGUGGGAUUUUAUAUUGGGUCUGCCACGUUUAUCCAGCAGCGAUUUGAGUGAGCUGCAGUGGUUCGAGUUGCUGGCGGAGACUAUGCGUAAAUGUCAAUUUAGCAGUCAGCACUUUGAUAGCGUAUUUACUGAGAUUAAGCAGCAGCAGCUGGAACCGCGUCAAAAGCGCGCUAAUUGGCGUGCUGAAACUUAAUAUGAACAAGUAUAAGCGCGCUUCAGUUUAUAUAUAUCUUUUUAUAU